CUCAUAUUUUCAGCACGAAAAACGUCUUUUUGUUGCUAACAAGUUCUUACGAUGACACCUGUUCAUAAAAAGGUAGUUACAUCAAAGCGGCCGGCGGGGACUCCAGCUAGACCGAGAAGUACGAGGAAACGGAGGCGGCCCGGGCAUUUAACCGAAUGUGAGGCAUCGGCCAGCGGGGAAGGAGUGGCGCCAUGCGAACCCUUACCGGAUAGGGGGGAUCGGACGGACAAUCAACCUGGUGGUUCCCCGCUCCCUCAGGAGAUCGUGGAGGCAUCAGAAAUGGAUGCUGGACAUAGGGAUCCUGAAAUCCUGCUUCUCAUAGAUAGACAACAAAUGGAAUUUCCCAUACACUCAAAACAUUUGGUGUCAAAACUAAUAUUAAUUUCAAUUUGUGCAACACAGCUUAAACUAAGACAAUCAAUGUAGUCUUUGAUGUGAGGAAACUCUUUGUGUACACUAGUUACAAAUUGUUAGGUACUUUUUUACAGUUUGAUUAAUAAAUGUUUUCACUUGCUGUGUGUUUUGCGAUUUGACCAAUUUCAGUCUGGAAAUGCUAUGCUGCAGAAAUUAUGAAUAAAUCACAGUGGAUUAGACAUAUCUGCCAAAAAUAAGGUUCAUUGGAAAAGUGAAGAAGAGAGAAAAAAGAAGCCUUGCAUUAAAACUUUACUCUGGUCUCAUCGCAAUGUUUUGAUACAGGAGGUCUAGUGUCUUUUCUUUAUUUUAUAAUCCAUAUACCGGAGAAAAUCCUGGCAUUGGAGAGCAGUGGUAUAUUUUCAGCAAUUUUUAGUCAAUAUCAAACUUUCGAGGAGCCAUUCUAUGUGUAAUUAAAAGAAAAUUGGAAAAUUGAGGGGUCAAUUUCAUCUUUGAAGGGGUCAAUGGCCCUAUGACCUUCCAGGAUUAUCCCUGUAUAAAUUCUUGUCACCCAAUGCUUAACCAAUUCAUACUUCAACAUUGGGUAAUAUAACUUUCAUUUACCUCAAGUUCAAUGAAGCAAUUGCACUAAAGACAGGAUAUAGAU